CUACCUCGGGCCGGCUCCCGGCGAAGCUCCCAGAGGGGCGGCCCUGCGCCCGGAGCCGGGGCACCCGCGAGCCCCCCCGGCCCUUCCCGCUCCGCGGAGGGGCGGCGCAGAGCUGGAGCAUCCGCGAGGCCCAGGGCGCCGCUGACCGCCUCCGGCAGCCCGGCGCCCAGGGGCUCCCCACGCGCCCGCGCCCGGGUGGCGGGAGCGGCGGCGAGAUGGCGGCGCGUGUCGGCCUCCUGCUGCGCGCCCUGCCGCUGCUGCUGUGGGGCGGCCUGGACGCCCAGCUCUCCGAGCGCCGAGGCCAGGAGCUGCGCAGGGAGGCGGAGGCAUUCCUGGAGAAGUACGGAUAUCUCAGUGAGCAGGUCCCCAAAGACCUCACCGCGGCAAGAUUCAGCAAUGCCAUCAGGGAGUUCCAGAGGGUAUCUCAGCUGCCCAUCAGCGGUGUGCUAGACCCCGCCACCCUGCGCCAGAUGAUGCGGCCCCGCUGUGGGGUGGCAGACACAGACAGUCAGGUGGCCUGGACCAAGAGGGUCAGUGCCCUGUUUGCUGGACGCCGGGCCAAAAUGAGGCGUAAGAAACGCUUUGCAAAGCAAGGCAGCAAGUGGUACAAGCAGCACCUCUCCUACCGCCUGGUGAACUGGCCACAGCACCUCCCGGAGCCGGCCGUUCGUGGGGCCGUGCGCGCCGCCUUCCAACUGUGGAGCAAUGUCUCGGCGCUGGAAUUCUGGGAGGCCCCAGCCACAGUCCCCGCUGACAUCCGCCUUACCUUCUUCCAAGGGGACCACAACGACGGGCUGGGCAACGCCUUUGAUGGCCCAGGGGGCGCCCUGGCGCACGCCUUCCUGCCCCGCCGGGGCGAAGCGCACUUCGACCGCGACGAGCGCUGGUCCCUGAGCCGCCGCCGCGGGCGCAACCUGUUCGUGGUGCUGGCGCACGAGAUCGGCCACACGCUCGGCCUGCCGCACUCACCGGCGCCGCGCGCGCUCAUGGCGCCCUACUACAAGAGGCUGGGCCGCGACGCGCUGCUCAGCUGGGACGACGUGCUGGCCGUGCAGGGCCUGUAUGGGAAGCCCCAGGGGGGCUCCGUGGCCAUCCAGCUCCCAGGAAAGCUGUUCACUGACUUUGAGGCCUGGGACCCCCACAGACCACAGGGAAGGCGCCCCGAAAUCCAGGGUCCUAAAUAUUGCCACUCUUCCUUCGAUGCCAUCACUGUAGACGGGCAACAGCGACUGUACAUUUUUCAAGGAAGCCACUUCUGGGAGGUGGCGGCGGACGGCAACGUCUCAGAGCCACGCCCACUACGGGAAAGGUGGGCGGGGCUGCCCCCCCACAUUGAGGCUGCUGCGGUGUCAUUGGACAGUGGGGACUUCUACUUCUUCAAAGGGAGCCGAUGCUGGAGGUUCCGGGGCCCCAAGCCAGUGUGGGGUUCGCCACAGCUGUGCCGGGCGGGGGGCCUACCCCGCCACCCCGACGCGGCCCUCUUCUUCCCGCCUCUGAGCCGACUCAUCCUCUUCAAGGGUGCCCACUACUAUGUGCUGGCCCGAGAUGGACUGCAGGUGGAGCCCUACUACCCGCGAGGCCUGCAGGACUGGGGUGGUGUCCCCGAGGAGGUCAGCGGCGCCCUGCCACGGCUGGACGGCUCCAUCGUCUUCUUCAGAGAUGACCGCUACUGGCGCCUUGACCAGGCCAGACUGCGGGCGACUGCCUCGGGCCGCUGGGCCGCAGAGCUGCCCUGGAUGGGCUGCUGGCAUGCCAACUCGGGGGGCUCCCUGUUCUGAAGAUGCACCAGUUGCAACAAUUCACCCCUUAGUGAAUUGUUGGUGCCCUUGUGGCCAACGUGUGUCCGCUGCCCCAGGAACGGGACCUGCCUUGGAAGCCUCCGAGCUUCCCUGCAGAAGA